UAAAGAACGUGAGAUACGGGGAACUUUGACCCAAAGACGACCCCUUCUCGUCUCCCCCUCCCUCGCUGUGAAGAUGGCGCUCUCCAGAGUGUGCUGGGCUCGGGCUGCUUUGUGGGGUUCGGCCGUGCUCCCUGGACCUUAUGCCGCUCGGAGGCUGCAAUUUGUCCGCUCUGGCCUGGCCUGGGGGGCCCCUCGGUCUUCAAAGCUUCACCUUUCUCCAAAGGCAGAUGUGAAGAACUUGAUCUCUUACGUGGUGACCAAGACAAAAGUGAUUAAUGGGAAAUACCAUCGUUUCUUGGGUCGUCAUUUCCCCCGCUUCUAUGUCCUGUAUACAAUCUUCAUGAAAGGAUUGCAGAUGUUAUGGGCUGAUGCCAAAAAGGCUAGAAGGAUAAAGACAAAUAUGUGGAAGCACAAUAUAAAGUUUCAUCAACUUUCAUACCGGGAGAUGGAGCAUUUGCGACAGUUCCGUCGAGACGUCACCAAGUGUCUUUUCCUAGGUAUUAUUUCCAUUCCACCCUUUGCCAACUACCUGGUCUUCUUGCUAAUGUACCUGUUUCCUAGGCAACUGCUGAUCCGACAUUUCUGGACCCCAAAGCAACAAAUUGAUUUCUUAGAUAUCUAUCAUGCUCUCCGGAAGCAGUCCUACCCAGAAAUCCUUUGUUAUUUAGAAAGGGUUGUCCCUCUCAUUUCUGAUGCAGGACUCCGGUGGCAUAUGACAGAGCUGUGCACCAAGAUGCAACAUGGUACCCACCCAGCAGUACAUGAUAUCCUGGCUCUGAGAGAGUGUUUCUCUAACCAUCCUCUGGGCAUGAAUCAACUCCAUGCUUUGCAGAUGAAAGCCUUGAGUCGAGCCAUGCUUCUCACACCCCAUCUGCCUCCUGUCUUGUUGAGACACCGUUUAAAGACUCAUACCACUGUGAUUCACCAACUGGACAAAGCUUUGGCAAAGCUGGGGAUCAGCCAGCUGACUGCUCAGGAGGUGAAGUCGGCUUGUUACCUUCGUGGCCUGAAUUCUACCCAUAUUGCUGAAGAGAGGUGUCGAACUUGGCUGGGAGAAUGGCUGCAGAUUUCCUGCAGCCUGAAAGAAGCUGAGCUGUCCCUCUUGCUACACAACGUGGUCCUGCUUUCCACCAACUACAUUGGGACAAGUCGCUGAGUGAACACGGAGCGGAUGGCAUUGUCCUGUAGUCACAGAGCACAGCAGCGUGGGACCAAACAGCACUUGUCAGCAAAGAGUCUGUGUGCACUGUUAGGUGUGUGGGAGGGAGAGGGGCGGGUGCCACAGGCUUCACAGCGCGGUGCCCACGUGGGAGCUGAAACUGAAAGAAAGUCUCUUCCCAGGGUGGCGCACGUGAGGUGUCAUCCCAACUUUCUCCGAAUUUGCUGGAGCUGGCAGCAGCCUCUGAACUAGGCUUUUACUGUGAUGUUUUAAGUUCAGAUCCCAGGAAAUGAGCUUUUGCUGCAGGUGGGAAUCCUCAUUUGGUCUAGGACUUACCCACUGCCGUAUUUACAGCUGUUUUUGUUCACGACAGUUUCUGGCUGGUGAGGGGAGCAGCACUACUUAAACUGGAGCACUUCCAUCAUGCAUGUGCUCUGGUGCUCCCCUCAACACUUUCCGAUAUGACCAAAAAUAGGGAUUUUAUUUUUGUUCCCUUCACUGGGCUAACCACGUCCCCCUUUUUCAAAUCCUUUAAACAUCUUAAGUUUCUGUUUCGUUUUAGUGAAUAAUUUAUGGGUACAUCCUAAUGGAAAAAAGGAAAUACAGGUGCUUCUUGAGCCCUUCCCCAAGUGUUCACAGCCUUCACCCGCCUUGUCUUAAUUUCUGGGCAGUGCUCCAGCCCUUGUGGAUCUUAAACUCUUUGCUACCUCCACUGUGUUGCAGCAAUCCGACUGUAACUGACAGUGGCUGCCUUCUUUGGGCCAUGGAUCAAUCCUGUAAGGUACUAAUUACUGCCCAGCCCGGAGACCAGGAGAGGUCUACACUGAGAUUGUAAGUUGGGGUCAGCUUUUGUCUAUGUAUAUCAGUGACCUGUAGUAACUUAUUGUAAAUGCAUGGAGCACCGUUUAUAAACUCAAGUAAAGACUGCCUGAAACCA